CUGAUACCACACAUCAUGGCCGAGCCGCAACCACCCAACGUGCAAGAAGGCGCCGAUGCGCCGGAUGUACUGCCUGCAAGCAAAGAGGACCGCAAGGCAGCCGCAGCGUUGUCCUCACUCGAUGCGCCGUCUGAAGAUGUCAAGCCGAAGAAAGAGACCGAUCUGAAAGCCUUGAACGAAGCGAUGAAGGCUUUAAUGCCGGCCGCGAAACCGAAGGAGACGGCCUCUUCGACCACCAAGAAGGACGAAGCGCCAAAGAAGGUGGUCAAAGUUGAUGCUGCGGAUGUUGCACUGCUGGUCGAGCAGUUGGAUUUGAAUAAGACGAAAGCUACGGAAUUGCUGCGAGCCCACGAUGCCGAUGUUUUGAAAGCGAUCAAAGCCUGGGUCACUGCAACCGCCUGAACGCGGAAACAUCAAGCAGUAUGUAGUGAUCACAUGCUGUAUAUCAAACAGAACCUUCCAGGCACGUACAGGUCUCAGCUACUCCAAAUAGAUCUGGCCGGAUGUUGAAGGCAAGACUCUGCUGCGAGCGAGGUCACGCAGCGAACAGAUCAUUUGGCGGGAAAGCCUAACCGCUAGCGUGGGUCAGUCGUAUGUGAAUGUACAAGCGAUUGAAU